AUGAAGUCCUGCAAGCCGGGCGGGACGGCCGCGGGAGCGCGCGGUGCGUCCCCGUGCGCGGGCUGCGGCGAGUGCGCGGGCACGUGCACCGGCACCGGGCGGCUGGAGAGCGCGGCGCGCAGGCGCCUGGCGGCCAACGCGCGCGAGCGGCGCCGCAUGCAGGGGCUCAACACGGCCUUCGACCGCCUGCGCAGGGUGGUGCCCCAGUGGGGCCAGGAUAAGAAGCUGUCCAAGUACGAGACCCUGCAGAUGGCGCUGAGCUACAUCAUGGCUCUGACGCGCAUCCUGGCCGAGGCCGAGCGCUUCGGCUCCGAGCGGGACUGGGUCAACAUGCGCUGUGAGCACUUGGGCCGCGACCAUUACCUCACGUUCUCGGCCGAGGCCGAGCCCUACGGCCAGCGGCUCUUCAGCUUCCAGCCCGAGCCCUUCCAGAUGCCCAGUUAAGGGCGCCGCGGGGACUUUCGGCGGCUUAGAAACCUAGGAUCUUUCAGAUAAACACCGUGAACUGUCAGGAUACUUUAAUCCACACCUGCGGACGCCAUGGUGUGUGAUUGUCUC